CACAGACAACUUUAGGGGCUUUACACCGAUGAGGUCGCCGUGUCUCCUCCACAGCCACAAUCGACCUGAACCGGCCGGCGGCACUUCUCCGACACUCAAAAUUAAACAUUACCACAACGUUGACAACAAUAAAACAUUCUACGGUGCGUAAUCAACUGGUACAAUGGCAGUCCCUCCACCAUAUGCAGAUCUGGGAAAGUCGGCAAAGGACAUCUUCAACAAAGGAUAUGGUUUUGGACUGGUUAAACUCGAUGUCAAGACAAAGUCAUCAAGUGGAGUGGAGUUCAAAACAUCCGGCUCGUCCAAUGUGGACACUAGCAAGGUGACGGGAGCCCUGGAGACCAAGUACAAGUGGGACGAAUACGGACUGACCUUCACCGAGAAGUGGAGCACAGAGAACACGAUUGGCACGGAAGUCUGCAUUGAGGAUAAGAUCACCAAAGGCCUGAAAUUUAAUUUUGAAACCACGUUUUCACCUAACGCAGGCAAGAAGAGUGGCAAAAUCAAGGCUGCCUACAAGCGGGAGUACUUGCACGCCGGUGUGGAUGUGGACCUGGACUUUGCUGGUCCCACCCUCCACGGUGCGGCGGUGGCCGGCUAUGAAGGCUGGCUGGCCGGCUACCAGAUGAGCUUUGACACGGCCAAGUCCAGGAUGCUCCAGAGUAACUUUGCCAUCGGCUACAAGACGGGAGACUUCCAGCUACAUACCAACGUAAACAACGGUUGUGAAUUUGGAGGCUCUAUUUACCAGAAGGUGAACGAGCAGCUGGAGACGGCUGUCAAUUUGGCGUGGGCAGCAGGCAGCAACGGAACUCGUUUUGGGAUCGCCGCCAAAUACCAGAUGGACUCCAGUUCCUCCAUAUCAGCCAAGGUGAACAAUGCCAGCUUGGUUGGAAUUGGAUACAGUCAGACUCUUCGGCCCGGUAUGAAACUUGUGCUGUCUGCACUUGUGGAUGGAAAAAACUUCAACGCCGGCGGUCACAAACUGGGCCUGGGACUGGAAUUGGAGGCAUGAGGAUCACCGAAGCGAGUGAAAUAAGAUGGAGAAGAAAAAAAAAAUUAUCUCCCCUCGCUAUUCUCGAGCGCCGCUGAAACAUCCCCUGAUAGUCUCCUCUCAGUCGUAAGUCACAAUGAAUUCAUACGGGUCAGAAAUGACUACCCAAACCUGCUACAAUUGAUCCAGAAUACAAAAACGUGUGCCUGUUUGAUCAGCAACAAAACAAUAUAUAAGAAUAUCUACAUAAACAUAAAAAAUGGGAGAGCCACAACUCCUAAAUUAAGAACACUUGCAAUGCUUUAAGAGCCACAAUCUUUUCUGUUUGAUUCUAUGUUGACAAUCGGAUCAAGUGAGCAGUAGUGUACAUCAGAGCUGUUAUUUUUGCACACUAGUCUAGUCAACCUUUACCGAUUAAAGCUCUUCUUCUUUUCUUGUA